GCUAAUCAGAACUCUACGGCCCUAUCAUCCAUCUCUACGUAGUAGACCCGUCUACCCCAAACGAAUUAGCAAGUUCACUAAACACCGACUAAAAUCUGACAUCCAGACCCAGCAAAACAAAGCCAGCCAACGUAGCACGAUCACAUGACCACAAGCGUCAUCACGAGUCAACCACAACAAACCUCCUCCAGAAGUAUAAGCAGUGCUCCUCAUCAACCACGAAUCUCUUAUCCCAAGACAUCCCAGCACAAAAAACACAAAAAAACAAGCUCAUCAAACUACCAAAAAUAAUGGCCGACAUCAAGCCACCAUUCACCGAGGAAUCUGCUCGCAAGAAGGUCAAAGCGGCCCAGAACCUGUGGAAUUCCCAAGACCCCGUCCGAGUCGCGCAGGCCUACACCCCAACCUGCAUCUGGCGCAACCGCACCUCAUUCUUCGCCGGAACCGCGGACAUCGUCGAGUUCCUGACCGCAAAGUGGAAGCGCGAGCAGAGCUAUCGCCUGCGGAAGGAGCUGUUCUCGUUCACGGACGACCGGAUCGCCGUGCAGUUCUGGUACGAGUUCCAGGACGCGGACGAUGGGCUGCGCUGGAAGCGCUGCUACGGGCUGGAGGACUGGACCUUCGACCGCGAGACGGGGAAGAUGCGUAAGCGGAUGAUGAGUGGGAACGAUGUCUUGAUCGGGCCUGAUGGGAAUGGGGAGGGUAGGUGGUUUGUGGAUGGGGUGGAUGUUGAAGAGGCGGAGAUAGGAGAGGAGCAUUGGUAGUGACGCGGAUAUGCGCAGACGGCCCAGAUUAGGUGAUGUCUCAACGUCUUUAUGAGAUGUUAUCUAUACUGAGUAAUAUGAUUGACCAGGGGGCUUGGAUAGGCAACAGGGCCGAUUACCCCCGCGGCCGCGAGCACGGAUUUUGCAUGCGCGAUUGUUUCUUCUCGGAGCUGUCAGUAACCCCCCCAGCAGAUUUGGCGGUGCACGUUCAGUCCAUGCAUGCAGUA